AUGUCGAGACGAAGUUGUGGAGAGAUUUUAGGACCGUGUUCUGCCGUUACUUGGUGCCGAAAGUUGUGGGCUUGUCACAGUCUGAGAAAGGUUAAGAUUCACAUGUGGCGUGCUUUUCAUAGAGCAUUGGCUGUCAAGGAUAACUUGCGCUCGCGUGGGAUUUCAUGCCCGAUAGUCUGUCCAGUUUGUGAGGAAGGUACAGAGGACUCUACCCAUGCUCUCUGGUUGUGUGCAGCUGCUCGGGGGGUAUGGAUUUCUAGGUCCAUUUGGGAAGUGCUCUGUAAUUUCAGAGGUAGGCCUUUCGAUGCUUUUUGUUUGUUCAUAUCUCAGCAAGUUAAUAAUGAAUGUUUUGAGCUCUUCUGCAUGCUUACAUGGAGUCUUUCGUAUUCCCGUAAUCAGUGUAUUUUUAAUGGGAAAGCUUACUCUACCAUGGAAAUAAUAGAACGUGCUGGAAUUGGAAAUGUGUAUAGUGAUUAUAAUUUUUGUAGAAAAGUAGAUGGAAGUCAUGGGCAUGGCUCUCCAAUAGUGAGACAUGCUUGGCGCCCACUUGAAGGAGAUUUGGUUAAAAUUAACGUUGAUGCAUUGGUACUUAGUUUUGUGGAUUAUGUUAGGAUUGGUGUCGUGGCCCGAGAUAGGGCCGGAAUAGUUCUUGCUGCAGCUUCUACAAAGUUUCUUGGCCGCUUCUCUCCUCACAUGGCCGAGUGUAUUGCUAUUAGGGAAGGGACUAUGUUGGCUCGCAACCUAGGAUUUGAGAAAUGGGUAGUUGAGUUGGAUGCGAUCAAUGCGGUUAAUGUGGUUCACUCCCCACCUGUUCGGGCUUUGGAGGCAGGUUUGAGAGAUUCAAGUCGUUCAUUGGAGGAUUGA